AUGAACGCGUCAAGAAAAAAGCUAUCGGGAGCGCAGGGAGAACAAUGUGCAGAUAAUAUGAAAAAUUGGAUUCGCAGAGGGGGUGAUCCGUCAGUAUCUGCUGCAACUUCCGAAGUUGGUAUUCAGUUAGCGGAUGUUUCUCGCACUUUGCACGAUCAAAAGGAUCAAGAUUUUUCACAGUCUAAUUUCACAGUGCUAGCUUUACCAUCUUUGACGAUGUGCGAAGAACAACCAGAACAACUUGAAAAAACAAAGUCAGAAUACGAAGAAUCUAAGUCCCCGUAA